ACGGCCAGUCUGACGGAGCUCUUCCACGCUUACUAUGGCGAUGAUGUCUCAGCUGCCCGGUUCAUCAGGGCUGUUAAUUCCAUCGCUGCUGCGAACGUCAAGGGUGAUUCAGCUUCCCAGUUCAGAUACGAUCCUUCUGUGCAGGCCGAUGCCGAGACUCUAGACGGGUUGCACAGAGGAAUGGCCCAACGGUAUCCACAGAUCAUGACGUCCAUCCUCAUAGACGAAUCGUACCCAGCCGCCAGAUCGCUCCUUGGAUUCAGCCUCCAUUCGCUGCAGAAGUUCUACUCCCACUCCACCUGGAUCGAGCUGGGAAACACUGGAAUCAUGGAAGAUUUGGGUCUGCCUGGAUUCGCUGGAUUUGACAAUCCAGCUGGACCCGAAGAUGACGUUUGUACUCCUUGCGCUGAUGCUUAUGGCCCUUGCACAGGCAACGUGAUUCCUGGAGCCGGCCUGUCUUCGGGGUACUACACUUACGUCGACUCCAAAGCUGAUGGUAUUAUCAUCGAGAAGCCGAAGACAGGGGGAAAAUGCAGCCACGGUGGUGUAUUAGAUGACAGCGCAUCUGCUCCCGCUGAAGGAGGAAUUAAUAAGGACACAGCCUCUCCUUGUUUCUCUCCUCAUUACCAUCUUCACGAACAGGCUGCAGAACUGGCUGUGCAGGCGACGGACCACUAUCUCUCGGUGAUCCUCGACGCAGUGGGUGUCGAGAAAUACCGAAGUUUCUUCGACCUGUACUUCGGUUCAGCUCUCUCGAUCACCAUCGACACGACGGCCUCUAUGGGCAAGGACAUCGCAGCCGUGAAGAAACAGGUGGCCCAGAUCGUGAAUAAUACCAGGGCUGAGCUCUUCGUCCUAGUUCCCUUCAAUGAUCCAACCGUCGGUCCCUUGACAAGAACAUCUGAUCCCAAAGUGUUCAUGGAGGCUGUUAAUUCAUUAGAGGCGCAUCUUGGUGGAGACAUUCCCGAAAUGUACUGGACAGCCCUGCAGCUGGCACUUAGCAACACCCCAAACUUUGGAGACAUCUUCUGUUUCACUGAUGCCCCAGCAAAGGACGGAGAACUGAUGGAAGGGAAUAUAGCCAUUGCUGAACAACGUGAAAUAAAGGUGACAACAGUAUACAGUGAAGAGAGGUUCGACCUUAACAAAGUCAUCACGGACAUCGCCGAUUACCAGCGUUUGGCCGACAUCACCGGCGGCCUCUUCAUCCCGUCGGAUAAGUUCGAUAUCGACGCCAUAGCCCCGAUCAUCGGAGAAGGGGUCGAGAGUGCUAAUGUAGACAUCGUAAUUCUGAAGGCCGUGACUGGGCAUCAAGAAAUCGACAUACCCAUUGACGAUUCGGUCUUUGACUUCGAACUCCGGGUAGCAGGGACAGUCAAGAGAUGUCAUCUGAAAGAUAUGACUGGCAAGGUCUUCAACCUGAAGGACCAGGGCUCCUUGGAAUCCGAUCCUGACGUCGAGAUUGUCGUGUACACCGAAGGAUUCCGGGCAAUAGGGUUCCACAAUCUCCAUCAUGGGAAGUGGCGCCUCGAAGUGGAAUCCUCCGAUUUCUAUGAUAUCGUUGUCACGGGCAAUUCGACGCUGAACUGGGUCGGAGGUUUCUCUGUUCUGGACCCUUCACCGCCUCACCCCCAUUACAGGGACAUCAACGGAAGGCCCCUGACAAACACUGUCUAUUAUCUGGAUGUCCUUCUGAUUGGGUAUAUGGAGAGCAACGUUGAGGAUGUGAGCCACAUUGAAUAUGCUGAUGCAACUGGUACAACUUUGAGAACAAUCAACUAUAGUGGUGACAUAGAUGACGAAUUCUACAUACGAUCAGAGCCUCUCCCUGAGGAACCAUUCUACGUCAAGCUCUAUGGCCAUGUGCACUCUGGCAACGUCUUCUGUCGAAUUCUUCCUGUAAUGAUGGUCCCCGUGACUGCCAGUGUGGAGGUUCUUGCCAGAACUGAUGAUCUCUCUGCUCUUCCCGGAUACAACGCCCAAGCAGACUUCUUGGUGACGAACUACGGCAUCGAGUCAGACUUUGAUAUCACUGGGACUGAUGAUAAAGACUACCUGACCAUGAUGGUUCCUCCCAGAGUUCAUAUACCAACCAAUGGAUCAGCUACUGUGACAGCCCACUUUCACGUGGGUCUCAACGAAAAGCCAGGAACAGUUAGCACGGUGACUGUGACUGCCCAGUCACUCAAACAAACUCAGUCAGUGAACAGUGCAGUCACACAGUUUUAUGUUUUAUCCAAAGAUGACCUUGACCCUCCAACAUGUGUCUUGGACACUGAGCCAGACUGCACAGGAUUCAUUUAUAAUGGAAUAUGUGAUCAAAAGAACUGGACAGCUGUUGCUACUUUGCAAGAUAAAGGAUCUGGCCUGACAGCCGCCUAUGUCAAGCCCGAUGGACUUUCGACAGCUGUCGAAUCCUUCCCUCCAGGAUCAACGAAGCCUGUGGAGGUCACACACGUGUCGACGUGCUGCUCUCCGCAGUCGGAAAUCAUCGGAGUUGAUGGGGUUGGGAAUGUCGGGAAAUGCAAAAUUGAUAUGGGUGCUAUUGGAGGUUACAUCCUAGACUUUGAAGCCAUAGACGCUGGCACUACAUGGAUCUACUUACGCUGGACCCUGUCACCGACCAUAUACAAAAUUCACAAAUACUCUCUUCUAAUCGAUGAUGACCUUACAACUGAAUUUCCCUGUCCUGAUGCGACCUGCUACCACAAUGCAACUUACCUGGAUCCUUGUGCCAAGCACACGUUCCGUCUUACUCCUCAUUUCUAUAUUGAAACGCUGGAUAGAGCAGGAGCGCCUGCUCAUGUUGAUGCUAACACUUUGGAUAUUGAACCGAGUGCUCCCGAAAAUGGAGUUGUUUUAAACACAACUGAGUCUUCUGCCACCAUAGCCUGGGAAGCAAUGGGAACACAGUGUGUCAGCAAGUUCAAGGUCUGCUACCGCAAUUUCGGUGACCGUCCGACGGAAAUCUGCAAAAAUACUGUAGACACUAUGUUCUUGAUGUCUGACCUCGAAGCCUGCGCUGCCUACGAAAUAGUGGUUAGGACAAUAGGAUUGUCUGGGAAACCGAGUACACCCCUCGUCUUCUACCUAAAUACUGACGAAGCGUUACCUGGUGCCCCAAAGAAUGUAGAGGCUGUGAUGUCUACGACGGAUUUGGUUACAAUUACUUGGGAUGAUCCGGAAGACCAUGCUCUGUGCGUCGACAUGUAUACGGUCACCUACAAGAAAGCUGAAAACUCAAGUCAUGAAGUUUCAGUCCCCAGUUCCACCUUUAGACAAAUUGUUACCCCCUCGGCGGAUCACACGAUGACCAUUUACCCACUGGAGCCGUGUACUGGGUACAUCUUCAAAGUAGCCGCCGUGUCCCAGUCCGGAUUAUUUGGUCCAUAUGCCCUGAGGCAGGCCAGGACCCUUGAAGGAGAUCCAGGCCCCGUCUACUCAAUGGGCCUUAGCCAGGAAACCACCAGCUCCAUCUACGUGAACUGGGAUGCCCCGACAGCUUGUCUGGAUCAUUUCAGAGUCUGUUACUUUGACCAAGAGGAAGUUGGUGAGGUCUGUCAAAAUGUCGAUGAUACUUCGAUGAUUUUGUCGGAAUUAUACGCAUGUACGGAAUAUUUUGUCUCUGUCGCCUUGGUAACACCUUCCGGCAUCAUAGGAAACAAGACUUGGGCCAACACUAGGACUCUAGAUUUAGCUCCUGGAAUCCCCACCAACGUAUCCAUAGUGAAGGUGACAUCCCAUUCCAUCGACAUACGCUAUGACCCCCCUGCAGUGAACCCGCAAUGCACAGUCGAAUACGACUUUGAAAUCAUAGACAAGAGUGCCAAUCGAGUGACGUCUGGAAACGAGAAGCGGGUAGGCCUGGAUAACAUCUUCCAGCACCUGGAAGCCUGCACGCUUUACGAAGCCAGGGUCCGGGCCGUGUCGCACACAAGUCUCCACAGCGACUGGGCUGUUGUCAGCGAGGUCACCAAAGAGGACAUUCCUAGCGCCCCACAGAAUUUCGCUGUGACGUCUGUGACUUCUACUGCCGUGAACUUGCAGUGGUUCAGACCAGCUGCUAAUGACAGAUGCAUAGCGGAGUAUUACCUAGACUGGAGUGAAGGUUCUAUGUCCAUCUGUUGCCCUCUGAAAUUCGAGAUGGAGGCCUCAGUCACGGGUCUAAAUGCCUGCACCGAUUAUACAUUCACUGUCAAUGCAGUGACUCCGGAAGGAGCCAGUGGCGAGGGGUGGCCACUCUUAAAGUCAAGACUUCAUGUUAAAUGUCGCCGUAAUGCUUUCUUUACAUAGCCAAUAUAAAAGAUGUAUGUAAAUGAGCCCAUCUCCUUUAACCUUAGAAAACAGGUCCCACAGACACUCUGGUAUCAAGGAUUAACAAAAGGAGGUUGUAAAUGAUUGCGUAGAUUUAUGUAGUGUAAAAUGCAUACUGUAAAUGGUCAGUUCUUUUUUAAAUUUAGAAAAAAAGUUCUCACAGACUCUGGUAUCAAGGAUUAACAAAAGGGGGUUGUAAAUGAUUAACAUAAUCAGUGUAAAAUACAGACUGUCAGCGAUCCUAUCUUUAUCUUUGGAAAGCAAGUCCCACAGACUCUCUGGUAUCAAGGAUUAACAAAAGGCAGUUGUAAAUUAGUACAUAAAUAAAUCGAACAGAUGGAAGUUCUUCGAUUCUCCUCUGAUUUAAUCUGAUUUAAUCUCUCGUUCAUUUUC